ACUACACGACAAUUUCUAGGUUUUAUUUUCAGGGUGCAUGACAGAAAUCGAUGUGUAUGAAUGCAAAUGUAUUAAACAGAGAAAGUACAACGUGCUUAUUCGCAAGCUUUACAAGAGCUUCAAGUUUCGAGUAAAGCGCUCUCUCCUGGUUUUCAGUCUUCAGAGGUUACAGUUUGUAUUUACAUGCUAUGCCACAUUGGUUCUGGUUGUUUACAUGAAGUAUGACUGUUAUGGUCCAUUUACAUUGAUUUCCCUUUUAAGAGACACUAAAACAGGCACACUCAGAGAGGAACAUUUCAUAUGUCAGACCUUUCUUAACCACCGAUGGAUCAUCAACAGCUCACUCUCAGUCCUCAGGCUUUUGUACUGAUCAAUGCUCCUCUCAUCUUCGCCAGCCUCACUGCGAACAUCUUCUACGCUUGUUGUUUGAUCUCCCUGUCGCACGGCAGACAGAAACUCAAGCAGCCAUUGAAGACCAUUCUGGAAUGUAUUGUCAGUUGCUCUAUACUUUAUUGUGUCUUUUUGCCUUUCUUGUACUAUGUGUACGAAGACCAAAAAGACUUAACAUGGUUUGCCGUGUCAUGGUUGAUGGUGAUUUACUUCAUGAACAACAGCAUGACGUGCUACGUUCGGCUAAACUUCUACUACUAUGUCCAGAUUGUCCCUGCACGGAGAGCUCUUUUGAUCUGGGUAAAGAGGAACAUGAAGUCUUUCAUGAUCUGGGCCUUUCUUCUCGACCAGAUGGUUCUUUUGCUCAUCUCCAUUGCGAGUGUGGCAAGUCAAUUUUCCAGGAGCUUUACGUAUUCUAACAGCACAAGGACAGAAUAUAGCUUUGACCUGGACCUCUUAAACUUUUUUAGUUUUUACAUCUUCAUAGCUUACAUCCUGUUGUGUCUGUGUGUCACAAGCGUUUCUAGCUUCUCAACGAUCCUCUACCUCUACAGACACAUGAGAAACGUGGCCGUGAGCGACAGCAGCUUCAACGCGCCGAGGAAUCAAAGACAUAUGAGAGUGGCCAUCACUGGCGCCUGCCAAGGAGCCAUGUACUUCUUCUAUGCCACCUACUACCUCUCAAGCUCAUUGAGUAAUGUCUACUCGCCGAACUUUAGGUUAGGUUACUGGGCCCUUUUCACUGUCGCCUCACUGUUCAUAUCAGGCACCACGGUCAACCUUGGGAUCGGUCAGACUGUAUUCAGGCAAAGGGCAGCCAGAACAUGGAUGGCACUCAAAGCACUGUGUAAUGUUGGAGUGAUAACAAGUGAUGGCCAGAAUGACAUAGGGUUAAAUAUCUGCCUCACUGCGAACAUCUUCUACGCUUGUUGUUUGAUCUCCCUGUCGCACGGCCGACAGAAACUCAAGCAGCCGUUGAAGACCAUUCUGGAAUGUAUUGUCAGUUGCUCUAUACUUUAUUGUGUCUUUUUGCCUUUCUUGUAUUAUAUGUACAACGACCAAAAAGACUUAACAUGGUUUGCCCUGCCAUGGGUGAUGGUGAUGUACUUCAUGAACAACAGCAUGACGUGCUACGUUCGGCUAAACUUCUACUACUAUGUCCAGAUUGUCCCUGCACGGCGAGCUCUUUGGAUCUGGGUAAAGAGGAACAUGAAGUCUUUCAUGCUCUGGGCCUUUCUUCUCGACCAGAUGGUUCUUCUGCUCAACUCCAUUUUGAAUGUGUUAAGUACAUUUUCCAGGAGCUUUACGUAUUCUAACAGCACAAGGACAGAAUAUAGCUUUGACCUGGACCUCUUGAACUUUUGUAAUUUUUACAUCUUCAUAGCUUACAUCCUGUUGUGUCUGUGUGUCACAAGCGUUUCUAGCUUCUCAACGAUCCUCUACCUCUACAGACACAUGAGAAAUGUGGCCCUGAGCGGCAGCAGCUUCAACGCGCCGAGGAAUCAAAGACAUAUGAGAGUGGCCAUCACUGGCGCCUGCCAAGGAACCGUGUUCUUCCUCUAUGCCACCUACUACCUCUCAAGCUCAUUGAGUAAUGUCUACUCGCCGAACUUUAGGUUAGGUUACUGGGCCCUUUUCACUGUCGCCUCACUGUUCAUAUCAGGCACCACGGUCAACCUUGGGAUCGGUCAGACUGUAUUCAGGCAAAGGGCAGCCAGAACGUGGACGGCACUCAAAGCACUGUGUAAUGUUGGAGUGGUAACAAGCGAUGGCCGGAAUGACAUAGGGUUAAAUAGCUGA